AUGGCACUAUCGAAUUCCGAGAAGUAUGAUGAAGAUGUAUUUGAAAUUGAAGACUUUACUAUUGUAACAAUCAAAGAAGGUUUAUGUGCUGAAUUGGAACAGUUAUUACGUAAAUGGGAGCUUGUUGGCGACAUUGGCAACAACUAUUCUUUUACAAAGACAUCAUUAGCGGAAUGUCAGUGGGAUUCAAAGUAUCAAGAGAUCACGUAUGGCAACAAUCAUUUACUUGUUACUCAUUAUUGGCCAAAAAAUUUAAAGAAAUUGGAGCAAACAGAAAAACCAGAUGAAAGCACUGAAAAUUACUUGGACUCAUUCUUAUGUAAUGCUGCACGAUUAGUUUAUUCUUCGGAAACAGAUUUUUGCCCAGGAUCAAUUAUAUGUAAUCAGUUUGGAGUACUCGAAUUUAUCAUAUUGACUCCAUCUAAUUGGCUUGUGGAUAAAGUGUCAAAUGAAGAUCAGCUACGAGGUUUGCUAUCAUACGGCGAAAGUGAACGACAGUUAUAUUUUGGUGUAUGUCAAAAUAAUUCAAUGCGGACUAAUUUUGAGUCAGUUCACCUCCGUCAAGGUCAUCCAUUGAGAUGCCAUUUGUCUGGGUGUAUAGAUAUCUUUAAGGAAACUUUGAAUUCUUCUUUGAUGGAUGACAGGAAUUUGCGUUCAUCGGUCCAGUUUGAUUAUGUACUACAGGACAAAUUUCACCAUGGAAACGUCGAUAAAAAGAUUUCAUUAGAAGAAAUGGCCCCUGCUGAAGACGUAGGCAUUGUUGAUACUUCUCAUCUUCCUUUUGGUGCUGCUUCUGAUGCUAUUGAAGAAUUUGGCCUGUCAGCCAUUUGGUUGAACGUCGAGAGGGGAGUUGUUAUAGAGGAACAAAAUGUCUCGAACUUGGAUCCUCGAGGAGCCUUGUCGUGGAGUUCAUGGGUUUUAAUACGAAAAACAACAACAUAUUUAAUGAGUUCCUGCUUAAGAAAAUUAUUGGAAAUAGCUCAAUCCGAAGAAGGGUCAGGUUUGAUCAUGAAAGUAUCCGAACAUACUAAUCAGGACGCUACUAGGGCGUUAUCUUCGUUGUUAUUUCCAGCAACACCACAAAGUAUCUCAAUUGAAAGUACGAAACGUAUGCCGAGCCAAGUUCAACUAAAAUCAGAUGUUAUCCAACAAUUGCUUGAUAUGGUCUUUAAAAACACUCAACAAAUUUCAAUGAGCAAAGACAUGCCAUCACAUAAUGAAUUCUUCGAUUUAACUUAUUCUGAAGAAAAAAGACCGACUUCUGCACCAGGUGGUGCUGUUAAAAAUGAAUCAAAACUAAGUGAUAAGUGUAUUAUGGAGGAUGAAGACACUAAAGAUAUAUAUCAGAAACUUCAUGAUAUGUUAAUGACAUGUAAGGCAGCUCCAGAAGGCAGCUUAACUUGUCGAAUCUCUAUUGCACUUGCUAAAAUGUUAUCUGUUCAAAACUAUGCACCUACCAAUUUUCCUCAGAUAUGGUCAGCUAUAACACGUGAAUUGCAGAAUUAUUAUGAUGCAAAUUUGCCUGUUCCUGGGAUAGAUGAGUCAUCACUUCCGAAUUUAUCAACUUGUAAAUUGCAUCAGAAUUUUCAACUUCUGCAAUGCGCAAUAGAGGCUAAAAAAGGAUGGGAGUCAAGGAACCAAGUACGGAGGGAGGAAUGUAAUAGGUUCGAGUCAGAUAAGUUAAAUGUUUCCAAUGUAGGCAUUGUAAAAGAUGAUGAAUUUUUUGAUGCGCCUGAAUUUUUCGACAAAAACGACUCGAAAAAUUUGGAAAGUCCUGAUUCUUGGAUAUCUCAAGGACGCUUAAGACCUUUUGGCGAAAUGAAACUUUUGAAUUUCCCUGACAGAAUUAUGUAUGAACCUAUCACACAGAGCCGUAUGCCUGUGACCGAAGACAUGCUUGACAAGUACACGGAAUAUUUGUCAUCAUUGAAAGAUCAAGAAGAACGGGUUAAAGCUCAGUUGGAGCCACUGUUUUCAGAUAUGGAGGCUUUCAAAGCUGCUAAUCCCGGUUGUUCUUUCGAAGAUUUUGUGAGAUGGCACUCUCCUCGUGAUUUUGUGGUAGAUGGAAACCAUUUAUCGCAUCGCAUGAUUGGUGAUGAUAAUACAUGGCAACAAACGUGGAACCAAGCACAACCAAAACCUGUCUGUCGCCAGAAAAUGCUAUUUAACUAUUCUAAAGCAGCUAAUGAAAUCAUUAAUGAUUUUGAAAGUCUUACUUUAUCAAAAUUAAUCAUUUAUAUCUUACCAGUUUUGGUGAAGUCUGCUUCUAUGCAACUAAUAGAAGAAUCCAAAUAUUACUUUGCUCUUGUCGGAGAUAAGCUGUUCGCUUUAUGCAGAAAAGUGCUGGAUUGUACGAUAAAUGGAAGUAUUGAAAACUACUGGAGUGUUGUGAAAGAUGUAACAGAGAUUGAGAAACUGGUAUCCUGUUGCAAUAUACUCUAUACGCAGUUGAUUUUUGCAGUUGACAAGAAGUUGACAGAAAAUGAGAAAUAUGAAAUACGUCAAUUUAUAAUGUCUCUCAUGCGACUAAGUGAGCUGGAUUGUGAAAGUAUGACUAGUGGUGGGAAAGCUGGUGCAGGCUAUCGAAUACCAGUUAAUGGCGGUUUAUGUGGACCAGUAGGCCUAGCUCUAAAAAAUCUCUUCUUUGGAAAGAGAACUUUUGAGCAAAUUCUCAGUGGCGAUGAAGAAGUGCCAUAUCGGAGAAGGCAAUAUACUAUAAGAUGCUCUGCUCGCAAGCCGACGUUAGGUUCACGAACAUUGCCACAAAGACUCUAUGCUGCAAUUUCAAGAGAAGAAUACAGGAUUUGUUUGGCACUAUCAAGUGAUACUGUCUUGUCAUAA